CCCCCCAACUCCCGUCUCCCCGCAGGGUCUCGGUGUGUGACGAGGACAAGCUGACCCAUAACGAGUUCAUCGGGGAGACCCGGGUGCCGCUCCGGCGCCUCAAGCCUGCCCAGAAGAAGCAUUUCAACAUCUGCCUGGAACCCCAGAUCCCGCUGGCCUCCCCAUCCGCCAUGUCGGCCGCACUGCGAGGAAUCUCCUGUUACCUCAGAGAGCUGGAACAGGCGGAGCAGUGGGAGCUGGAGGAGCGGGGCCGGAUCCUGCUGGCGCUGACGUACAGCUCCGAGCGCCGCGGGCUGCUGGUGGGAAUUCUGCGCUGUGCCCACCUGGCUGCCAUGGACGUCAAUGGUUACUCCGACCCCUACGUCAAAACGUACCUCAAACCAGACAUGGAGAAGAAAUCGAAGCACAAAACAAGCGUGAAGAAGAAAACGCUGAACCCCGAAUAUAAUGAGGAAUUCUUCUACGAAAUCGACCAAUCAGAGCUGGCGCAGAAAUCCCUGGAGAUCACAGUCUGGGACUACGACAUCGGGAAAUCCAACGACUUCAUCGGUGGCACGACCCUGGGCAUGGGCUCCAAGGGCGAGCGGCUGCAGCACUGGCUGGGCUGCCUGCAGACCCCCGACCAGCGCUGGGAGCAGUGGCACACGCUGACCAAUGAGCUCCCAGAAUCCUCGGCCUUCGCACCCUGAUUGGCCCUGGGGCCCGCUGCUCCCUGCCUGCCUCUUAAAGGAGCAGGGCCCUUUGCACGAGGACUCUUGCAUGUUUACACGGGGGCGGGAAGAAAGCCGCCCCCUCCGUGCUGUGUCUGUCUGGGGGGCUGUUUGGUUACGCCAGAGGUUGGGGGAGGGGCGACUGACUCCACCCCUCUAUUCCUGUUAUGUAGGGGAGGGACCUUAUAUGCAAAUUGUCACUUGCUGCAAAAAAAUAUGCAAAACAGUAUUCAAAUUGGUGGGAAACUAGCCCCUCUGUCCCCUCCCACGCACCCCUCCUUUCAAGGACCAAUUUUAGAACCCUCCCCUUUAAAAGGAAUUUUUUGUCUGCAGUCAAAAAUCCCACCCCUGCUCUUAAAGGGGCAUCCUUUUUCUGCACCGUUUUUACAAAACGGUUUCUAAGAAGGGUCAUUUGCAUGGUGAGGGUCCCCCUGAAACCACCAGCCUCAUUCAGUGGCUUUUCUUCUAAGGGCUUCUGGGAUUUCAGUGGGGCCAGGGAGGGUUGGGGGGCGGUCGGGGGUCACUGAAGUCGCCAUGGCACUGUUUUUAUACCAAAAUCCUGUUUAAUUGGUUAAUUUGCAUGUCUGGAGCCUGUUAAUGCAACCGGAAUGGAUGUGAAAUAAACUGGGGGGCCUCUUGGGGGCCCCUACCACAGUG